GGUUUGGGACAAAUUACCAUUUGUUGUAGUAAUAAUCCAUUUCAAUUCUUAUUUUCAGUGCGAUGCUCCCGUGCAACGCUCUCCUUGUAUCUUUCUUCUCCUCUUCGCCCUUACCUGCACCAUCGAAUUCUGCUCGAUCUCUCGUUCUCUUCCGUGCGGAUCUCCUUCGCCUAUUCCCAUUAUGCAGCUCCCUGCUCUCUGUCAAGAAGCUCCACGCCCGCUUCGUCGUCGCCGGGCUCCUCAAAGAUUCCACUUUUGCCAUCGAAACCAUCAGAAAAUACCUCCUUUUCGACCAGCCAAGACUCGCGCUUCCAGUCUUCGAAGCGGCUGAAAACACCUCGCUAUACUUGCAGAAUCUAGUGCUCCGUUGCCUCUCGGAUAAUGGCUUCCACCGAGACCUGCUGUCCUUCUAUUCGCAGAAGCAGCAUUCGCGUCGACGCCUCCGCUCCGAUGAGUUCACUUUCCCAUUCGUGAUCAAGGCUUGUACCGCAGUUUCGAAUACUCGAAUGGGGAAGGAGGUUCAUUGUGUGGUUCUGAGGUCUGGAUACGGAGCCAAUCUGGUGGUGCAGACUGCUCUUGUUGACAUGUAUGCGAAAACUGGUUGCGUUAAGUUGUCAAGGAGGGUUUUUGAUGAAAUGCCUGAUAGAGAUUUGAUUUCUUGGAAUGCGUUAUUAUCAGGUUAUUCUUCGAAUGGGCUUGAGCGAGAGGCUUUUGAAGCAUUUCGGCAGAUGCAAGCGGAGGGUUGGAAGCCAAAUUCAAGCACGUUUCUUGGCAUCAUCCCUUUGUGCAGAAGUUACGAGACGCCCAAGGCAGGUGAGCUGAUACAUGCUCUUGCUCUAAAAUAUGGGGCUUUCAGUGGCGAGGCAUUGGCGCCUACUCUCAUUUCGAUGUAUGCUGGAUUCGAGAAUCUAGCAGCAGCCAGACUGCUAUUUGAAUCACUGCCCUCAAAAGAUCCUGUUGCUUGGAAUGCUAUGAUUUCAGCGUAUUCACAGAAUGACAAAUGGGAGGAAUCCUUGCAAGUUUUCCGGCUCAUGCACCACAGCAAUGAAAAGCCGAAUUCUGUGACACUAAUCUCUGUUCUUGCUGCUUGCACUAAUUUCUGUGCUACUUGUCAUGGCGAGUGCAUCCAUGCUAUUGGGAUACAAUCUGGCAUUGCGGAUAAGGUUCCUGUUACAGCUGCACUUGUCUCAAUGUAUGCUAGGCAUGGAAAAGUGGAUUCAGCAGAGUAUCUAUUCUACUUUUCACCAUUGAAGUCCUUACUUCUAUGGAAUUCCUUGAUAUCAGGCUAUCUUUCGAAUGGUCUAUCCAACAAAGGAUUGAGUGCAUUCCAUGACAUGCUUUUUGAUAAUGCAUUUCCGGAUUCGAUCUCUAUAAUCAAUGCCAUUUCUGGCUGCACAAUGUCUAAAGACUUGUGCCGUGGUAAAUCUGCACAUGCAUAUAUUAUCAGAAAUGGAUUUGAUUCAAACACCAAGGUGAUGAAUGCACUCUUGGCUCUAUACUGUGAUUGCGGCCAGCUCUCUACUUCUCUGAAGUUAUUUUACCGAAUUCAUGCACGUAGCGUAAUCUCUUGGAAUACUUUGAUAGGUGGGUUUUCUACGACUGGAGAUACAGAAUCUUCCAUAACCUUGUUUCACAUGAUGGGCCAGGAAGGUGUUAGGUUUGACCUGGUCACAUUGAUCGGUAUUGUUUCUAGCUUCUACAUGGCUGAGGAUGCUGCAUGUGGAAUGUUCUUUCAUGCCUUAGCAAUUAAAACUGGAUGCAGUUCAGAUACAUCUCUUACUAAUGCCCUUAUGAGUAUGUAUAUGAGUUUUAGUGAAGUUGAGGCUGCUAACACACUUUUUCAUACCUUGUCCUCCAAAGAUGUUGUCACUUGGAACACUUUGAUAACAGGAUACCGUAACGGUAACUUAUUUGAGGAAGUCAUGCUCCUUUUUGAGCAAAUGAAUAUUUAUAGUCAGAGGCCAAAUUCUGUAACUUUUUUGAAUGUAUUGCCUGCAUGUCACAGCUUGUUGCAAGGUAAGUCGAUCCAUGCUUACGCUAUUAGAAACUUUUCUGAUAUAGAGUCUACUCUCCAUACAGCAACCAUGAUGAUGUAUGCUAGAUUUGAAAAUUAUCAUUAUUGCCACCUGCUCUUUGAGACAAUAGAUAAAACAAAUGUUGUUGCUUGGAACACAAUUAUGUCUGUAUACAUCCAAGCUAAUCAUGCAGAAGCAGCAAUCUGUUCUUUCAGCAAUAUGCUUUUGAAGCAACUGAAGCCCGAUACCGUGACAAUGCUGAAUUUGGCUUCCGCAUCUGCUCAGAUAGGAUCUCUUGAUCUGGCACAAUGUGUGACUAGUAUAGCCAUUCGCAUGGGUCUUGACAUCCACACCACCAUAGUCAAUUGCCUCAUCAACAUGUUUGUGAGGUGUGGAAGCGUAAUGACUGCAAGAGAGCUCUUUGAUGGGUUGAAAGAAAAGGACUCCAUCACUUGGAGUGUGAUGAUAAAUGGAUAUGGGAUACAUGGUGAUGGUAAAGCUGCAUUAGGUCUAUUCUCAGAGAUGAAAGAAGCUGGUUUGGAACCAGAUGAUAUUACUUUCAUGAGUCUUUUGUCUGCUUGCAGUCAUGCUGGUCUUGUCGAGCAGGCAAGAACAUACUUCAAAUCAAUGAUAGAACACCAUGGAAUUACACCAAGGAUGGAGCAUUAUGCUUGUAUCAUAGACCUAUUUGGGAGGACCGGGCACUUGGAUGAAGCCUAUGAUGUUGUAAAGAACCUGCCAUUUGAGCCUUCCGCAAGCUUGCUGGAGUCACUGCUUGGAGCUUGUCAAAGCCAUGGCAAUGCUGAAAUUGGAGAAGCCAUUGGCAAGUUACUGAUCGAUGCCAUUCCGUAUAGACCUACUCCAUAUGUGAUGCUAUCUAACAUCUAUGCUGCAGCUGGGCAAUGGACAGAUUAUGGAAUGGUAAGGUGGGAGAUGGAGCUCAAACGUGUUAAGAAAGAAGCAGGAGUUAGUCUUGUUGAGAUAAUAUAGCAUUGAUAAGGAUAAGUCUAUGAGCCAAUGCACAGUUGGUGAUCUUGCAAACCUCAAUUCCCUUUUUCAGACUCUCCUCUCCCGAAUUGCUCUUACAAGUUGCUAAUCUUGCUUCUGUAGUGUGAUUCAUAUGAAAGAGCCGAUUGUGUUUAUCAGCUAUAGUUCUAGAUGGUAUUACUGCAAUGUUCACAUUGGAAAUGAUAACUUUUAAAUGAGAAUCAAUUAGCCUUCCUCUGGCUUAUGGAUAGCAGGAGACACUGAUGUAUCUUCUACUAUUUGCAGUGUUGCCAGUCCCCCGCCAUUGUGCUUCACUGCAGUUUGUGAUGAGCUGGAUGAAGUCUGCGCUGUAAUAUAUAUGGUCCUUGAUCUUUCUCUCCGCAACGGUGGGCAACAUUAUGCCUGAGUGCAAAUCAGUUCACUGAGUUUCUACAGAAGACAAGUAGAUAGAAAAUGAGUAUAUCUUUUCCAGAAGGUGAUAUGCGACUAAAGAAGUCACCCUUCAGCUCUCCAUCUUUCUAACCUAAAAAAUCUGACUAUCAACUAGUCAAUCUGCUGCAAGACCCACUUUGUGGAAGGUCCAUGUCAAUUUAUCUCGCCUCGCAAGCUUUCCCUCAAGAAUUGGGCAUUCAAUGAUGGAAAUGUGUUGGGAGAAGGUUCAAUCACUUAACAAUUAAAUUGCUACUGAUUCAACAAAAAGGAGGCUUUGGCAUAAGCAAUAUUGAAGGGCCUUGGUACAAUAUUGAAUCUGUUUAACUUACCCUUCAUGCAACAAGGGUAUUCAAAUCCCUCGCAAGAGUUUCUUUCUGGUCGAUUGUUAUCGAGUGUCUUCAUAAGAAUUAUUCAAAUAUAAAACAACCAUACCCAGCUCCUUUGGCAGAGUAUAAACAUGUGCUAUGAUCCAUUUUUGUUAGUAUUUGUCUUCACCAGUGUUCAUCAGUUAGUACCACAAACUUAAAGGUUAUUUAAUAAAUUAUCGUGCAUUUUUUAAUCUACAACAAUCUUAAACUUUUCAACUCUA